AGCAAAACCCAGACUUAGCCCCUCUGAAUUGAAUCUGCACAGUUUCCUCUGAAGGCUGUCCAUUGGCUUGAGUAAAGACCAAAGCCAAUGAAAGGAUGGAGGGAUGGAAGAGCGUUACUUCUGCUGCCAGUCACCCUGCUGCUGUUCUGGGCACACAGCUCCCCAGCAACGACAUGCGGCCAAAUAAAAAGUAGAAAGCCUGAGAAGUCAGAAACUUUGGAAAUAACAGGUGGGGAACCUGCAGACUUGAAUGAUUUUCCAUGGCAGGUGAGUAUUCUUUACAACAGGAGACAUCUCUGUGGAGGAUCGAUCCUCAGCCAGUGGUGGAUUUUAACCGCAGCCCAUUGCUUCAUAAACAAAAGUGAAUCUGCCUUGGAGAUUAUGCAUGGUGAAAGAAUCAUUGGCAUCAAGAACUUGAAGAGGAUGAAAGUGGACAAGCUAAUUAUUCACCCUUAUUUUGACAGCUGGUUCUUGAAUCAUGACAUUGCUUUGCUUUUGCUCAAAUCUCCGUUUAAGUUGGGUGCCAACAUAAUACCUAUCUGCCUUUCAGAGGUCACUGACAUACAGAAAUGGAGAAACUGCUGGGUGACUGGAUGGGGCAUUAACAUUCCUACGCAAAGUAUGACUGAAGAGCUGCACAAAGUCAACAUCGACCUGGUCAAAUGGGAAAUAUGUUCCCAACUUAUGCCUAUGCUCACCAGGAACAUGAUGUGUGCUGGGAACAUUCAAGAAGGGAAAGAUGCCUGCCAGGGUGACAGUGGAGGGCCUCUGGUUUGCCAGAAAAAAGACAACCAAAGCAUAUGGUACCAGCUGGGCAUUGUCAGCUGGGGAGUGGGCUGUGGCGAAAAGAGACUGCCUGGAGUGUAUACGAAGGUGUCUAAUUAUCUGCUAUGGAUUAACGUAGAGACCACGCUGUCAGGAAAGCCUUAUAUGCAUGAUCCAGACUGUGGGUACAGUUUUCUUCUAUCACCCUGGACCAUCUUAUUACUGCAUUUUGUGAUACUUCUAUUACCCCUAUGAUUAAACACUGUAGUGCCUCAAAGCCAAGUGUCCUCAGUUUUUGGAGUAAGGUCAAGGGUGGGGUGCAAGGGAUUCUCAUAGUAUUAGUUGUGUCUGAAAUAGUCAUAUACCUUUGGGGGUGCUUACUAUAUGCCUGGGAACUAUUGCACAGCCUAUUGUUGCCUUGGAACUUGGAGACAUAUUGACAAUUUCAGCUUGAAUCCUCUCCAGAGGUUUGGAUGGAGCAGCUUUGCAUGUAAGGGGCAUGCCAGGAAUCUCUGAAACAGAAAUCUUGUUCUUUUCUCUCCUAUAAACAGAUAUCCUUCCAUAGAUUCUCUCCUUUUCCAAGACUAGACAGUUCCCCCCUUCCCCCCUCCUUGUUUUUGGUUUUGAAAUAAGGAACAUUCCAAUUCUUCUCUCUCCCUUAAUUUGUAGCUGAUCUUUGAGAUCUAUACAGAUUUGGUCUUCGGAAAGAUCCUGUUCUUUACCUUCCUUCACUUCCAUAGCUAUCACCUGGUCCAGAGCCCUAUUAAAUACUUUGGGAUCUCAGAGAUCAUGUGCAACAAUCCUUUAAUUCAAGAUCAGGAAAUCAUUGAAGUAGAAAUGUCCUAGAGAUAAUGUGGGAAAGAAACACAUUGCUAAAUGGGCUAUAGUUAGUAAAGGCACCUUUGCAUGCAAACAUCACAAACUCAACUUGAAGCAAAAAAAGGAAAUGGUAAAUAUAUUAGGGUAGUGCAGAAUCAAAGGAAUUACUGUUUAAUAAAUAGCCACCUAAAAGUUUGACUUAUUCCAAUUAUAUUUUGGACCAUCUGAAAGAGUGUAUAGACCUUCCAUCCUUCAUGCAAUCAUCCAAGAGUGUAAUUUUUGCAACCAGACAAGAGGUAAUAAAUGACUUUUUUUUUUCAGAGGCGACUCAGCACAUUUUUGAAGAGAGAGGGAAAAGCUGUAUUCAAAAAGAUCGGUGUUUUUAUACAAGUUUGCCUAAAGCAGAAUUCCUUGAGCUGUGAAAAACAACAAAAUAAAACAGAAAGGAGAAAUCUUUUCUGCAUACAUAGUGAAAGGGAAGAACAGAGAAUGAAAAGAGGUUCUCUGUGCUGGCUUUCAAUGGCUGCAUCAGAACAGGACAGCUUGGCCACCAUCUGAAUCUAGAGAGUGAGUGAAGAAGCAUUUCAAUGGAUGAGAGUAGGGAAAAUCAGUAUAUAGCUCUUUUGCCAAAACUGCGGAGCUACCCCAGACUUUUGGCUGUUGGUAUGCAGGGAAAUACAGCUACAAGCAGAAGGGUAACUAUUCCUGAGAAAGGUAGGUAUAAAGAAUUUCAUCUUUUUCAUGAAAGAAGCAGCAUUGACAGCAACUUGAUCUUCAAGUUCAGAGGUCAGAGGCUGGGAGAGACUGAGAGGCCACAAUCCUGUGCCCUCUCAGGGCAGAGGUUGACAGAGAAGGUGAAACAGUUGGCCACUCAGCCAGCAUGCUAUGAAAGGAAGUAUGUGCAGGAAGGGGCCUGCUCUGACUCCAUUACAAAGCACGUUGUCAGACUUUCCGAUGUUUGCCAAUCCUGCAAGGAAGAAAUAAGAGUUCUAACUAGAAAUUCUUUUCUUCAAACAGGUAUAAUUUACAUAAAGUCCUGCUCUUAACUAUAUAAUUUGAUGAGUUUUUAACAAUGCUUACAGCCAUGUAAUCCAUAUUCCUAUGAAAAUAUAGAGCAUUUCCACCACCAUAGAAAGAUCCCUUCAAGCCCUUAUCCUACCAAUCCCAACUUGCUCCCACCCCCUUCCCUUCCACCAGGAUCAAACACCAUUCUGGGUUUUUUUUUGUGUGUGUGUGUGUGUAUUAGUUUUACCUGUUAUAGAACUUUCUAUUAACGGAAAAACAUAUCCUUUUUUUGUGUCUGUUUUCCUUACUUUAACAUAAUAGUUUUGAUGUUCAUCUAAGUAUUUGUGUGUAUCUAUAGCUCUUCCCUUAUUACUGCAGAGUAAUAUUCUAUACUACAGUUGGUUUAUCCAUUGCCAUUUUGAUGGACAUUUGAAUUGCUUCCAGUUUGGGGCUACUAUUAAAAAAAUAAAACCGGGCAGCCCGAGUAGCUCAGUGGUUUAGCACCUGCCUUCA